AUCUUUGUUCUUCUUCUCCGACUCUCCUGACUCUCCAAAUGGCUUCUAUUAUUGCAAGCUUGCCUCCUCCAUUGCUGACCCAUGCUAGAACUAAUACCUCACUGACUGCUCUACCAAAGUUACCACUGUGUUCCUUUAGAGAGCGACAUAAUUGUGUUGCUGUUGUGGUGAGGGCUACUGGGGAUAGCUCCGAGUCCUCUACUUCACUCAGUAUAGUUGACUCUGUUAAGAAUGCUUGGGAUAAUUCUGAAGAUCGAAUAGCUCUUGUCGGUUUGGGAUUUGCAGCUGUUGUAGGUCUUUGGGCAUCAGCGAAUCUGAUUACGGCAAUUGACAGGUUGCCGCUUCUCCCAACUGUGCUAGAAGUUGUUGGAAUACUCUACUCUUCAUGGUUCAUAUAUCGUUAUCUCUUAUUCAAACCUGAUCGGGAAGAGCUUUUCCAAAUAGCCAACAAAUCAAUAUCAAAUAUCUUGGGCCAGUGAUUGAGGGUGCAUGUAUAACGAUGCUCUUUGGAGGAACGGGUGACAGGAACGAGUUACAGAAAUUUGUAUUGCAGUGGCAGUGAAAACAUGACCACAAUGUAUAUUUGGCGCCAGCCUUCUGUUAUCCUAUAUAUAUUGCAUAUUCUAUAUUCUAUUGAGCUUGGUGUCUUUGAUGUCGAUUUAUAUC